GUUCAGGGCUAUGCUCGCUUAUUGGACAAUCGGGGAACAGCCUCCACGGAGGCCGCUGCAGACGGCGAGCAGCGGCCACUGAAGAGUCUCCUUCGAAAGUACGUGAAGCAAGGAGGCGUUUUAGAACUUGACAUAAAGGUUGCGUUCUUCAGCUUGUUGGUUGUGGCCUUAAAGCGGCACGAGCAGAUCUGCGUCGAGGCAGAGUUCCCACUGCUGUGCGACAUCGCCAGCAACUGGGGCGGGUGGAAGAGUUUUGUCUCUGGGUACUUCGACGUCGGGGUGGACGUCACCAAGAAGCUUCUCAUCUCGGCGACCAGUCCCUACGGGCGGCAAUCGCCAGAUCCAGCGCAGCGGCCUGACUGGCUUCCGCAUUUGGAUUGCGUGCAAACAGAAGCAUCGAAUGCCUGUCGAUUUCUUCUCGAGCACGACGCUCUUUAUCAGGAAGUUGCGAAAGCAAGGCCUGAAUGCAGCUCGCUCCACAUCUUUCUGGGCGAGCUGGAGUGCCGGGUGAUGAUGAGCAUGAAGCAUAUUUUAGAGGAAGCAGGGGCCGUGCCAAUUUCUCUGGUCUACGACGGCAUCUACUUCAGGCCAAUGGGGCUUGACGUGCACGACGAGGGCUUCAUCGGACUUGUGACUGCAGUCGAAGCCGAGCACGGCGUAUCCUUGCAUCUGAAAGACCUAAGCGGCGCGGAGAUACCCUGGAGGAGUUCCGCUCCCGAGCCUGGAGAAGGGGCCCGAGGUCAGGGUGGCGCCCCUCCUUCGCCGCCGUACCACAACGAUUUCUCUUCUCUCCUGGCGGCAGCUUGCGAGAAGUCGCAGCAGAAGCUCCAGGCUGUCCCCGGAGAAAAUAUGUGCGCUGUGAGCGCGCUCGCCAAUAUGGAUUUGGUUGCGGGGGAGCCGAGCCAGUCAAAGUUCGCCUGUGGACCAUAUUCUUACCGACAGUUGCAACAUAUUUAUCCUUCUCUGGCGUUCCAAGAGGCGCAGCUGAGCGACGUGAUCUGCGCCGACGCCGCCCACUUCUUCCUGUUGCACAUUGGGGCGCCAGGAACUCGCGGCCACGCUGUUGGUCUUCGCGCCCACGGGGACUCGCAGCAGAUGCUGGUGUUCGACUCGCACCAGGACUUCGUGAUGCAGAUUGGCGAUGAGGCCUUGUACGACCUGGUUACCCAAUGGGACGAGGGCCGACGCCAUGCUCGCCUGCUGCAAGUUACCGAAGACGGGCCUGUCGAUGGCAACGCCGAGUCAGAUUUGUUGGAAUUGAUUGCUGGCUCCUCUCGGCCGUGCGUGAAGAAGCCUGCGGGUCAAGGUUGCUUGAGGCGGCCCGCCGAAGCUCCGAGUUUCCCGACGCCCAAGAAAGGGCGGGCAAGGGCCGCCGCCCGCAGCCUGGUCGGGCGAACGGCAAAGGCGUCAGCGAAGUCUAAGGCAUACAGGAACACGAAGUACGUGCGCCACGGCAAGCCGACGACGAAGAGCAGGGGCGACCGCGACAAGUGGAGCAUCGACCUUGAAUCCAUCUUGGAGAUGCCUGACGAUAAGCUCUACCGCCGGUGCAUCCGCGAUAACAUCCUGGACAACAAGCAGGGCAAGAUGUGCAACCGCAAGGGCUGUCAGAAGUUCACUGUUCCACAUGCUCAUCACCCCGUCUUCUCUACUGGGUGGGGGGCCACGCAUUCGCCUUUCAAGAAGCAGGUGGCCAUCUUGUUCAGCAUUCUAGCAGGAGGAAGCAAUCCCACGAUUCGCAGAUUGAUCUCUUCCGCAAACCACAAGGCGAUCGAAAGGAUCUCGAUUGCCGUGAAGAAGCAGCGCGAGAAGUUUGUCAAGAAGCGAGAGAAGACGAUCGUUUUCGGGGUUGACAACGACCGCGACUGGAGGGACGCUGAAGCAGAUGAAGCAGUCUUUGGAAGGGCAGCCAAGGCGGACGACCCCGAGAGCGUGGAAUGGGAGCAAUGGGCGGGCAUCGUGGAGCGAGGCCGGCCCGAGUCGCUGGUGCUGGCGAAGACUACCGCGGCUCCCACGGUGAAGAGGGCUCCUGGGCCAGGCGCAAUCAGGAAGGUCGAUUGGGCGCCUCUGGCAAACCGCUACUUGAAAGGUAGGCGCAUUAUUUUGCAUACGGACCGCGCUAAGAGCUACGCCAUGCGAGUUGAGGGAGUGUUGCACGAUUCAGUGCGGCACUGCAAAAAGAGAGCGAAAAAGAAUGGCAAGUGGGUGUGGAUGAAGCCGUGCUACGCGCGCUUGGCAACUCAUAAGCUUCCAUGUGGUAGGAAGUUGCGCACCAAGGCCGGCUCCCAGGUUAUCGACAGCGCUUGGAAAUACAUCCGCUCAACCUUGGGAGGCCAGACAAUGGUGCCCAAUUCUGAGACGGCCGCCACUGCAAUUCGCAGCGCCCAGUGGCUUUACUGGCACAGGGGCAAAGACCUUUGGGCCGAGAUGGGAUCCACGUUCUGUGCCAACUUUUGGCGGAGGUAA